GGGAGGGACAGUUGACGCCCGCCGACGUGUUUUGCCACAGCUAGCUGUAUUAAAUUUUCACGGAUUAAUGUUGAGCCCCUAAAAUGGAUUUUGAAGAAUUAUUCGACGAGCGGACGUUUCCCUUUUCGGACUUUCAGGAGUUUACGUUUCUGCCAGGACACCAGAAACUGUCAGAACGGGUUCGAAAGCGGCUGUACUAUGGAUUAGACAAGGACUCCUCACUCGAUGCUCUCUCCUGCCCUGUUACAGACAUUGCUGUGGAAUUGCUCCAGAAAUCUGCCCCAAGUCCCAUUCGAAAGCUCCAGAAAAAGUAUGCUGCGCAUGUGGCCAGGGAAGCCUGUAUCUCCCCCUGUGCCAUGAUGCUGGCCUUGGUUUACAUUGAAAGACUGCGACACAGAAAUCCUGAAUACCUGCAACAGAUUUCCUCCUCUGACCUCUUCCUGAUCUCAAUGAUGGUUGCCAGCAAAUACCUGUAUGACGAGGGAGAGGAAGAGGAAGUGUUCAACGAUGAGUGGGGUGCGGCUGGGAAACUGGAUGUUCACACUGUCAAUACCCUCGAGAUGAAUUUUCUCAAAGCCAUUGACUGGAGCCUCUUCACUGAGCCCAGUGAAUUCUUUGACAUAUUGAAUCAAAUAGAAACCAGCAUAGCGGAGAGGGAAGGUUUGAAGCGUGGCUGGUUCACCUAUACUGAUCUGUGUGUGCUACUGGAGCAGUCAGUGUGGCGACAAGCCUUCACUUCAAUCUACCUGCACUUCACCAAGUUGGCCUGUAUGCUGGGAUUGGUCUACCUGACCAGUGUGGCAGGACUCAUCGCCUCCUCCGCCGUGCUGCAGCAGGUUAGCUGUCCCAGGAGCCAUGGGACACUCUGCACCGUCAACUUCCAAAGCUCAGCUGAUCCUCCUGGCCUGCUCCUAGACAACAUCACCCCCGCCUCCAACCUCCGCUGUUGCAUCCUGGGAAAUGAGAGCCAGGAAAAGCGCUCAGGCACUUCUCCCUCCUCCACCUCACCGACCUCGGCGCUGUGCUUCUGGGGCUCUCUUUUUACCUCGCUAGCCUAUUCUGACCCAGAACCGGACAAGGACUCUUCCACCCCAGCUCAAUUCUGCUCAGGCUACCUGGACCCAACCUCCUCUUUGCAGUGUGGAGCUCAUAAUGGAUCCCUUACCCAUGCUUUGCUAUCCGCUGUCACCACCCCUACUGUGCCCCCUCAAGUUUACUCUCUGGGACCCUUUUUAGGGGACCCCCAACAGAGCAGCCCCAGAGUCUGGCCCUGCUGUUCAGAGACAGUUGUCCCAUUUGGUAAAGUCCAGACAUUCCUCAUGCCCAUUUAGAGAACCUGGGCGGAAAGUGGGCUGUUUUGAAGGACGUUUUUUUGAUAAACACAAGACAUGUAACUUCUUAUAAUUACACCCAUAAUGAAUAUGUAUACUGAAUUGUAAUUCCACAUUUAAAAGCGGAUUAUGGUUGUAUGUGUUUUGGAAGGUUGGAAAGAGCGCACAUGGACUGAGUGUAAAUAAGUGAAACUCCUUCACCCUUUACUUUCAGUACUGAUGAUCAGUCAAUAACAGCAUGUCUGUGCUAUCUGAAGUAUCAGAAAGCUUUGUUUUCCAAGAUACUAGAAUGCACUGAAUUCUUUUUUUGCCAAAAGCUUUUGAAAUGCCCUUAUAUUUUGUGAGUUGACACUUCCUAAAAUAAGAAAAGGAUAUAUAAAGAUACAGCUCUAUUGUACUUUUUUUCAAGUUUUGAUAAUAUACUGCAUUAUUUGCAAGAAAAUAAGUUGUUGAUUAGUUAAAAGUAGAACUCGGUAAGUGGACAAAGUCAACACAACAGCAAAGAAAAUAUUUUGGAAUGGUGAACAAUAUGUUUGCAAGGAGCAUAAAUCUAUCAAAGGUCAAUGGUGUGCCAGCGCUAUGACUUGCCUAGUUUAAAUUGCAAGAGGUUUGUUACUAUGCAUAUUUAAUCCUGGGUGAAUGCGGUAUGUUGGGAGUUGGUUACUCGAUUCUACUGAAGAUGGUUAUGGCAGAAUGGAGGAGGGUGUUGGGUUUGUUUUGAAGAGGAGCUCAAGUGUUGUUUAAACACCACUGUUGAUAGCUGUCUCCUGUGGGUGAUUGAGGAGUUCGGUAUGUGACAAAGCCAGAUGAUUUAUGCUCCUGAAAGCAAGGUACCAUAUCAGUUUUUACCUCCAACUUUUGCAUGUUGGUUUGUUUAUGGGUCUUAUAGAGGGUAGUAGCCUACAGCUGUAAGGAGGCUACAACUUUGGAUGUGUUCAGUUAGUGAGGAGGAGGUAACUGCUUACGUUGGAAUUGUUUAACUUGAAAAAUUGAAAAUUGAGACGAGAGUUGACCUCCUUACAUAAGCCUUUUUUAUUGAACUUGCAGGGUAUACCUUAUCGAACUAGAAAGGGUUUGGUUGUAAAGUUCCAUCCAGAGGGAACUGGCAGAGUAAUGUGGAAUUUGGUGUUGUAACAAUAGUGUAGGAAGUGCUUUUAAUUUGCACUGCAUUUUCAAGCUUGCAUAUGAAAGAACCUCCCUUUACUCUUAAGUAAUCUCUUUACAUAUAUUGGGCCUGCAUUAUAUUGUUAACUGGGAAUUUUCUGGUAACUUUAAUGAUUAUAAAAAUGGGGGAGUAUACUUGCCAGGACAUGUAAACAUAGAGUUUUAAAGCGAGCUGAGCCAGAAAGGGUAGAUAUCAAUAUGAUGCUUAUUAAAAUAGACAUCGCACAGAACAGUCCUCAUUACUGACCAAAGGUAGUUGUGCAGCAUGUGCUGUCUCGUUUUUCAGUUUUAUAUUUGCAGUAAAGUUAUUUAAAGAAGUAGAAAGUAAAAAUCAAGGGAGUGUAAUGUUUUUUGAAAGAUAACAUCUUCAUGUUAACUGAGGUGCUGGUCCAUGUCAAUUUGUGAAAUACCUUAUCAGUUAAAUGGUAUGAAGGGAGUUUAAAGGUACUUAAGCUUUGUGUGAUUUGGAUUUUAUGGUAAGGACUGUGCUGUUCUGUGCUUGGUCUGAUGCUUUGUUUAAUGUGAAAAUAUCUCAUUCACAGUUGUUUUUGUUUAAAUGCUAUCAUUUGAACACAUUUGUUAGUUUUGAAAGAUCUCUUUCAGCAUGUCACUGGCACAGUGGCAUUAAUGAUUCAUGCACUGAACUUGAAGGGCACCCAGGGCUGUUCUCUGAAGAAAAAAUAUCAGUUUACAUUGCAAUUAUCAUGUAAUGGCUUUAUUUAAUUUGAGCUUCAGAUUUUCAGGAAAAAAUAACUGCUUGAAAAUGAUCCCUGCUUAGAACAUCUAACUAAAUACUCAGUGGUGUUCAUUUGUCAUAGUCACCAAGGUGCAUUUGAAGUAAAUUUAGUGGUGGGCAAAUGUUACUGUCAUCCAGAAAUACAACUCAAGGUGAACCACUUUGUGAAAACCUUCAGUGGAUCAAACUGCUUUUUCUUUUGUGAGAUAAAACCAUUCAUAUUGUCUAUUUUCAAUGCAAAAGACUGUGUAAGUGAUGCACCAAGCAAUAUAAUAUAUUUUCAGCAAAGUUGAGUACAGCCAACAUUUAAAAAGGUCAAUACAGAGGAUUGUACAGUUUACAGUUAGGUAAACAAAGGUUUACAUUUAUUUUUCAAAACAGCUCAACAAACUUGAGACAUACCUCUUGAUUUUCUCAUCAUUUUUAAGGAACAGUGAACAUGUCCCUUUUUGCUAUAGCUAAGAAUUCAAAUGCUGAGUACAGUAUUGCUUCCCUUCUGUAUUUCUUAGAAUUCUCUGUGAGGGGAGAGGUACCAUCAUACCCCCCAACAACUGUUUCAUCUUCCUUACUGGAAAAGACUGGGCAGAAAAGGUCAGAUUUAUUUGAUGAGAGAAAAGAUCCUUGCCCUCAAAUUUAUUUACCUCACUUAAGACAAAUUAUUGAAAACCUGUGAUUUGUUUUAAAAAUUAUUCAUAGUUGCCACAGCAUACUGAAUUUACUCAUUCAAAGUUGAGUGUAACAUUUACAAUGUUGAAGUUAAUCCUGAUCUUUUAGGAUGAUACAAAAGAUCCAUGCUGUGAUUUUUCUAGAGGUCUCAGUUUUGAGAAAUACUGUGAGGGAGUUGAUACUGUGCACAGGUACUCAAGAUUUCUGUAAAAAAAAAUUAACCCUUUACCCUUUUGAUGGAUUAACAUUUAAAUGCUCUUAAACCGUGCACCUUUGUGGCACAAUCAUUUUUCUUAAAC